AACCACUGGUUCGACGGAGCUGGAAUCCUGUACCGCUACACUAUCAGAAAUGGAAAGGUCACGUUCAGGUCCAGGUUUCUCGAGACCGAUGCUUACGAAAAGAUGUGUACUCUCAAAAGACCCGUGUUUACAGAAUUUGGAACCAGGUCGUAUCCCGAUCCUUGCAAGAAAUUAUUCUCCAGGUUUUUGUCCCAGCUGAUCCCGGGGGACAUGACCGACAAUGCUAUUGGCAACGUUUUCACGUUGUCUGACGAACUCUAUUGUGUCUCUGAGACCUGCUACUUGUGGAGAGUGGACCCCGAAACUCUGAAGACUGCUGACAAGGUCAAUCUAGAAAAGCUGAUCUCCAUCAAUCUAGCCAGUGCCCACCCUCAUGUGGAUCCUGAUGGCACCAGCUACAACUUGGGUUGCAGCUUCCAUAAGGGUUUGAGGUACCACAUUGUUAAGAUUCCCCCACAACCACCAAUCAAAGAGGAGGAAGCGAAUGGACCUAGAGCCUUCUUGAAGGCGUCUGUCAUAACUUCCAUAUCAUCGAGUUGGAAAACAUGUUUUAGUUACUAUCACAGUUUUGCUAUAACAGAAAAUUACCUUGUACUGCUCGAACAACCCCAUCUUGUAAACACCUUGAAACUAGCGGUAUCUGUAGUCAAGGGACAUGCUCUAAUUGAUUGUAUGGAUUGGACUCCAAAAGAAAAGACCAAAUUUUACGUGAUCGAGAAAUUUACAGGAAAAGUUAAGAAAACAACCUACAAGGCUGAAGCUUUCUUUGUUUUCCACCACGUGAAUGCUUACGAAGAGGACGACCAGAUUGUAAUGGAUCUUAUAGCCUAUGAGGAUCCCAGCUUUCUGCAGAAAUACAGUCUUGAAAAGCUACGAGCUGGCAUUUUUGAUGAAUCGUGUCCUCCACAGCUUCGAAGAUUCGUUCUACCUGUUGGAAAGCAAAUACUAAAGGUGCUGUUGAAUGAAGGUGUGUGGUUACGUCAUAACAAAUGGAAACAGCGAUGUGAAAUACAGUAUUCUCUCUCUCUCCCCGUUUCUCUAGGACUUGAAAUGCCGACAAUCAACUACAAAAUGUAUAAUGGCAGACAAUAUCGUUAUAUCUAUGGCACCGGAGCUUUUGCCAAAGGUUACUACGAAAACGCGGUUUGUAAGUAUGACCUGAAGACGCACGAGCACAAGAUAUGGCGAGAAGGGGAAAACAUGUAUCCUGGAGAACUGACCUUUGUACCAAAUCCGGAUGCCAAAGAGGAAGAUGAUGGUAUACUGCUCUGUGUUGCAGUUGAUAUUCGGCCAGAUUUUCCAAGUUUGAUGGUUGUUCUUGAUGCUAAGACAUUUACCGAGAUUGGACGAGCAGAAGUCAGCCCAGACAUUACAGUUCGAUACAGUGUUCACAGUCAUUUUAUAAAGAAUCAAAAUUGACGUUAUCACUAAGUUUGUAGCUGUUGUUGUUGUUCCCUUAACUAACUUGAGAAAAUGUUUUACACGCUAAAUAAUUCAACAACUAAUUGUGUUUGUGAUUUACUACGUUAACGUAACUAUAUAAAAUUUAAAAAUGACGUAAGACUAGCGAGUGUAAGUGGAACUAACGGCUGUUAAGCCUACUUUAAAUUUGUUUCUCUUGU